UUUCCCCUUAUGAAAAACAAUCGAAGCGGGCUAAAAAUAUAACGAGCGCUAUUAGUUAUUGCUUGGCUAAAGAUAUGAUGCCCCUGAGCACAGUGGAGAGGGACGGCUUCAGGAAACUCAUCAAAGUGUUGGACCCCAGGUACGAGCUCCCUGGCAGAAAGUACUUUUCUCAAACGGCGCUGCCACAGCUUUAUGAUGAAUGCCGUCGUAAGCUGGAAAUCCAUCUUAAGGAUGUAAAAUACUUCGCCACUACCACCGAUCUUUGGACUAGCCGUACAUCUGAGCCAUAUAUGAGUCUUACAAUUCAUUUCAUUGACGAGGAGUGGGCUCUGCACAGCAAAUGUUUACAGACAGUAUACUUUCCAGAGGACCAUACUGGGGAAAUAAUCAGCCAGGGGCUGGAGGAUGCACUCAAAUCCUGGGGUCUUAGGGAAGACCGACAGGUGUGCAUCACAACAGACAAUGGGGCAAACAUUGUCAAGGCUGUUUCCCUCAAUGACUGGACCCGGCUGCAGUGCUUUGGUCAUCGGCUGCACCUUGCCAUUGAGAGAAGUGCGAGAGACAAGAGAAUUGAGAGAGCCAUGGGUGUGUGCAAAAAAGUGGUUGGUGCUUUUUCAUUCUCCUGGAAAAAGAAAAAAGAACUAGCAGCUGCGCAGAAGGAGUUCGACCUACCUAAGCACCGGCUGAUAACAGAAUCACCUACCAGGUGGGGUUCUCGCCAUGCAAUGAUAGCACGAGUACUGGAGCAGGAGAAGGCCAUUUCAAAGGUUUUAUCUGCUGAUAGAAAAACAAGGCACCUGGCUCCCUCAUGGCAAGACAUCGAGGUCUUGGAGUCCAUCCACAAGGCCCUUAAUCCACUUGUUGAGUUCACCGAUGCCCUCUCUGGUGAAACACAAGUCAGUGUCUCUUGUGUGAAACCUGUCCUGCAGCUCUUCAAUAAGGAGAUCUUGAAGCCAGGAGAGGAUGACACAGAGCUAACCAAGGCCAUCAAAACCACUAUCACCACCUAUUUGAAUGAAAAAUAUGAUGAUGCUGCCACUGAUGACCUCCUUAACAUGGCAUCCCUUGUUGAUCCUCGGUUCAAGACCCGCUACAUCCAAGAUGACAAGGUAGAGACUGUGAAAUCCAGAGCUGUGGCACAGAUCCUAGGUAACUGUCAGAGCACAACGCAAUCUACUCUCACAUCCAGUUUUGGGGGAGGCAGGGCAGAUGCUGCAGCUUCAGCUCCACCAGCCAAAAUGCAGAAGAAGACACUGGGCAGCUUUUUCAAGAAGUCUUACUCUGUUUCUACCUCUAGUCUAACAGAUGAGCAGAAUGUUGAGGCUGAACUGAACAGUUACCUGCUAGCUCCAGAAGCAGACAGUGAGACCAACCCCCUGGCAUGGUGGAAAACCCACUCCACAUCAUACCCCAGAGUGAGCUUCCUGGCAAAGCGGUACCUCUGUAUUCCUGCCACCAGCUCGCCCUCGGAGCGUGCUUUUAGUACAAGUGGCAAUAUUGUGUCCUGCCAUAGAGCAGCUUUAAAGCCAGACGUGGUGGACAGACUUGUCUUUCUUGCAAAAAACCUGUAAUGGGGUAAAUGAUGUUCACUAGUGCACAAGUGCACAAGAAUAACUAUGAAUGGUUUACUAUGUUUACAUGUUGUGCAAUUUUGGCUCAGAUUUAAUCUUUCAGGUAGUAUUUGUGCCAGGGCCAUGUUAACUCUUUUUGCACUUGAGAUGUUCACUGUCCAGCCAAAGCAAUUUGAUGUGAUAGUUGUCACAGCUGUUAGUUUAUACUGUAUAAAGUUUCAAUAAGUAAAAGUUUAUAUUAUUUUGUAAAGGGAGAUGACUAAUGUUUGGAAUUACAAAUGAUUUGCACAACCUACCUAACAAGUUUAAAAUAUUUUUAUUUUUGCAUUUUUCAAUACCUAAAAAAAAUAGUAUUAUAUUAUAGUGGUUUAGUUUUUUAUAUUUAUUUUGUCUUACAGUUAAGAAUUAAAAGCACUUGAAUGUGUCAGAGGGUGUGACCUACAUGUUUACUUUUUUCUAUGUUAAUAAACUUUAUUUUAUAGUUU